CGCCUGCGCACGUUCCCGCGCACGCUCCGGCGUACGGCGGCGGCCAGGGGUCGCGAGCCGGUGGAGGACCCGCGCGCGGAGGAGACCGGAGAGUCAGCGCUCCUUCCCUCCCUCCCCCAUUCCCCUCCCCGCUCCCUCCCCCCCCCCGAAGAAUGUUCCGCUACGAGUCUUUGGAGGAUUGUCCUCUGGAUGAAGAUGAAGAUGCAUUUCAGGGCCUGGGAGAGGAAGAUGAAGAGAUUGAUCAAUUCAAUGAUGAUACAUUUGGGUCAGGCGCAGUUGAUGAUGAUUGGCAGGAGGCACACGAGCGCCUGGCUGAAUUGGAAGAGAAGCUACCUGUGGCGACCAGUGAACAAACAGGCAAUGGAGAAAGGGAUGAGAUGGACUUGUUGGGUGAUCACGAGGAGAAUCUGGCAGAAAGGCUCAGUAAGAUGGUGAUUGAAAAUGAACUAGAAGAUCCAGCUAUCAUGAGGGCAGUACAGACCAGGCCAGUGUUGCAACCCCGACCAGGAAGUCUCAAUUCCAGCAUCUGGGAUGGAUCUGAAGUUCUGAGGCGAAUCCGAGGACCACUGCUUGCUCAGGAAAUGCCUACAGUGUCUGUGUUAGAAUAUGCCUUGCCUCAGAGGCCCCCACAGGGCCCAGAAGAUGAUCGGGACGUUUCUGAGCGUGCAUUACCAAGGCGGUCAACUUCGCCUAUCAUUGGGAGUCCUCCUGUUAGAGCUGUCCCCAUAGGCACCCCACCUAAGCAGAUGGCUGUACCCAGCUUCAACCAACAGAUUCUGUGUCCGAAGCCUGUCCAUGUUCGACCCCCAAUGCCACCAUGCUAUCCUGCUCCCUACGGUGAGAGGAUGUCUCCAAAUCAGCUCUGCAGUGUCCCGAACUCUUCCCUACUGGGUCACCCUUUCUCUCCUAGUGUUCCUCCUGUUCUCAGCCCCCUCCAGAGAGCACAGCUUCUUGGAGGAGCACAGCUACAGCCUGGACGGAUGUCUCCCAGCCAGUUUGCACGGGUCCCUGGAUUUGUUGGUAGUCCACUUGCUGCCAUGAAUCCCAAGUUGCUGCAAGGGCGAGUUGGGCAGAUGCUUCCCCCAGCACCAGGCUUCCGUGCCUUCUUUAGUGCUCCAGCCCCCGCUACACCGCCCCCUCCUCAGCAGCACCCUCCUGGCCCAGGGCCUCACCUGCAAAACCUAAGAUCACAGGCCCCAAUGUUUAGACCAGACACAACCCACCUUCAUCCACAGCACCGUCGACUCUUGCAUCAGAGGCAGCAACAGAAUAGAAAUCAGCAUCGGAAUCUCAAUGGUGCAGGAGAUAGAGGAAGUCACCGGAGCAGCCAUCAGGAUCAUCUCCGAAAGGAUCCAUAUGCCAAUCUCAUGUUGCAGCGAGAAAAAGAUUGGGUCUCUAAAAUCCAGAUGAUGCAGCUGCAAAGCACUGAUCCCUACCUGGAUGAUUUUUAUUACCAGAAUUAUUUUGAAAAACUGGAGAAACUGUCAGCUGCUGAAGAAGUGCAAGGUGAUGGCCCAAAAAAGGAGCGCACCAAGCUCAUUACACCUCAGGUGGCCAAACUGGAGCACGCCUAUAAGCCAGUGCAGUUUGAGGGCUCUUUGGGAAAGCUUACUGUCUCUAGUGUGAAUAAUCCCCGAAAAAUGAUUGAUGCUGUUGUGACAUCUCGGAGUGAGGAUGAUGAGACAAAAGAAAAACAGGUUCGGGACAAAAGACGAAAAACCCUUGUCAUAAUUGAGAAGACCUAUAGUUUACUCCUUGAUGUGGAGGAUUAUGAAAGGCGUUACCUUCUAAGUCUGGAAGAAGAGCGGCCUGCCCUGAUGGAUGAGAGAAAGCACAAAAUUUGUAGCAUGUAUGACAACUUAAGGGGGAAAUUGCCUGGACAGGAGAGGCCCAGCGAUGACCACUUUGUGCAGAUCAUGUGCAUCAGAAAAGGGAAGAGAAUGGUUGCCCGUAUUCUUCCUUUCCUCUCCACAGAGCAAGCAGCUGACAUUCUCAUGACCACAGCCAGGAACCUCCCUUUCCUUAUCAAGAAGGAUGCACAAGACGAGGUGCUGCCAUGCUUAUUGAGUCCCUUCUCUCUUCUCCUCUAUCAUCUUCCAUCAGUGACUGUCAUCAGCCUUCUGCAACAGCUAAUGAACCUACCUCAGAGUGCAGCUGCACCAGCACCCUCCAAUCCGCACCUCACUGCUGUGCUCCAGAACAAGUUCGGCCUGUCGCUGCUCCUCGCCGUGCUGAGCCGGGGCGAAGACCUGCAGAGCUCAGACCCCGCUUCAGAAUCGACGCAGAGCGACCCGUGGACAGAGGUGAUGUUCAUGGCAACCCGAGAACUUCUGCGGAUCCCGCAGGCAGCCCUGGCCAAGCCAAUCUCUAUACCCACAAAUCUAGUAUCCCUGUUUUCUCGUUACGUUGACCGACAGAAACUGAACUUGCUGGAGACAAAACUGCAGCUAGUUCAGGGGAUACGAUAAAAGAUCUUCACAUGUGUCCUGUACCUCCUUUUGGCUGCCACCUGCACUGCUGCCAUCACCAAUGGAGUGUUGUUUUUAAUGAGGGAGGGAAGGUAGCUUAUUCCCCGAAGCGUCUUGUGGGACCGAUUCCUGUUCACGGGGGUUGUCUCUGAAUGCCAGGUAUUUCCCCACUGGUCUGUGAAAUUUGGCUGGGUGAUACUUCUGCUGGUUUCUUCUUACCUUCUGUCUUACAAUUCUGCAUGUCCUACUUUUACUCAGUUCUUCUCAAUUUUGCAUUUUCUUUGCCCUAGAAACACAAAUAUGAUCUCUCCCUUUAUCCCACCACUACUCCUCCAGUUCAGAGUAGAUUGUAGCUUUGCCAAAGGAUUCCUUCCCUCAUCCCACUGAAGUCUUUUUUCAUUGCCCCAUAUUAAUAUGACUGUAGGAGAGCCAAUUAAGCAGAAGUCUAUGUAUAUGCGCGCGCACACACCCCUAUACACACACUUAUGUGGUCUCCAAAGGAUGCUUAAAGAAUGAGUUUUAGAUUGAGAAAUAUUUAGGUGACACAACCCUUCUUUAACCACAAACCAGUUGAUGUAUUUUUAAUCUGUUUCUCGUCCCUCUUGUAAUGAAUUUGGUGGGUUCUACUUGUUUAAAUAUAAAUAUAGGGUAUGGAGCACGUUUAAUAACUCUUAAUUGGC